CUAUCAUAAUGUACGCAAUGCAAUCAAAGCUCCAAACCCUGGCAACAACAAACAAAUGAUAUGGAAAUGAGAAAUAGUCUACUAGCAGACGGAAGAUCACUCCAUUAUCAGAUUCGAAACAAGCGUGAAAUGCGAUCUUCUCUUAUCGCUUUACAAGCUGAUGUUAUUCAGAAAAUUUCAAUAAUAUCCCAUGCUAAAAAAUGUUCAAAACUGUUCAUGAUGGUGCCUAAUCCGCAAGCAAAGGUGGUGUAGAGGAGUGUUAUAGUUCGUGUUGUAUGAUGUUGCCUCAGCGGUUGGUUUGAUAAAUAAAUACCAGUAACCUCUCAGCAACUUCAAUAAAUGUAGUGUGGUGUGAGCAAAAGGAAUCAUAAGUGUGGAGGAAUGAUAUCUGUAUUACAUACCGCACUUAAGCAAUCCAAUGAAAAUGCUCCCAGGCUUACCAACAUAGAUUGAAUAACAGUGCACAUUUUCCUUGCUCCAAUUAGUCAUAAAAUGCCAUUGCUAGCCACCCCUCAUCUCAAUCUCACAGCAUUGUGUAGAGAGGGCAAGUUGAAGGAGGCGCUGCAUAUUCUGCUUACUACACAUAUUUCACCUGGAGACUCCUCUACAUAUCUUCAAUUAUUAGAGACCUGCAUUCUCAAGAACACCUUUUCAAAAGGGAAAAAAGUCCACUCUUUCAUCGCUCACAGGAUAUUUGCAUUUGCUACAUGCACAACUUUUCAGAAUAAGCUUAUUAGCAUGUAUGUGAAGUGCGGAAGUUUGGGAGAUGCUCGUAAAGUGUUUGAUCAGAUGAAAAAACGAAAUCGCGUCUCAUGGAAUACGGUUAUUACAGCAUACCGAAGACAUGGGUAUCCUCACGAGGCAGUCACAUUAUUUUACCAAAUGCAACAAACAGGUCUCCAACCGGAUCGUUUCACAUUUGCCAGCGUACUCCCAGCAUGUGCCAAAAUGGGAAAUUUCGAACAGGGUAUGGACAUCCAUCAAAGCAUAAAAGAUAGAGAAAUUUUGUCAGAUGUUGUAGUUGCAACUGCCCUGGCAGACAUGUAUGCAAAAUGUGGAAACAUAGACAGGGCACGUGAAUUGUUUGACAGUAUUCCUAAAAAAGAUGUCUUCUCAUGGAAUGCAAUGAUUGUAGGCUAUGCACAAAAUGGGUUUGUUGAAAAGGCUUUAGAAACUUUCAAGCAAAUGCAAUUGACAGGUGUCAAGCCAAAUUCCACAUCCUUUGCCAGCAUCCUACCUGCCUGUGCCAAAAUGGGUGGUUUGGAACAGGGUAUAGACAUCCAUCGAAGCGUAACGGAAGGGGGGCUUUUGCUGGAUGUUGUAGUUGCAAGUGCCCUGGUAGACAUGUAUGCAAAAUGUGGAAGCAUAGGAAAAGCAUGUGUAAUUUUUGAUGAAAUGUCUCAAAGAAAUGUGGUUUCAUGGAAUGCCAUGAUUGUAGGGUAUGCACAGAAUGGGCUCGUUGAAAAGGCUUUAGAAAGUUUCAAGCAAAUGCAAUUGGCAGGUGUAAAACCAAACUCCACAACCUUUGCCAGCAUCCUCCCUGCCUGUGCCAAAAUGGGAGCUUUGGAAUUGGGUACAGCCAUCCAUCAAAGCAUAAUUGAAAGUGAACUUUUUUCAGAUAUUAUAGUUGGAAAUGCUCUAGUAGAUAUUUAUGCAAAAUGUGGAAGCAUGCACAAGGCACGUGAAUUGUUUGACAAAAUGCCUCAAAGAGAUGUCAUCUCAUGGAAUGCAAUCAUUGUAGGAUAUGUGCAAAAUGGGCUUGUUGAAAAGGCUCUAGAAAGUUUCAAGCAAAUGCAAUUGGCAGGCGUAAAGCUAGAUUCCACAACCUUUGCCAGCAUCCUUCCAGCUUGUGCCAAAACGGGAGCUCUGGAACAAGGUAUUGACAUCCAUCAAAGCAUAACAGAAGGGGGAUUUUUGUCAGACGUUGUAGUUGCAAGUGCCCUGGUAGACAUGUAUGCAAAAUGUGGAAAAAUAGACAAGGCAUGUGAAGUGUUUGACAGAAUGCCUCAAAGGAAUGUGGUCUCAUGGAAUGCUAUGAUUUUAGGAUAUGCUCAGAAUGGGCUUGUUGAAAAGGCUUUAGAAAGUUUCAAGCAAAUGCAAUUGGCAGGUGUAAAGCCAGAUUCCAGAACCUUUGCCAGCAUCCUCCCAGCCUGUGCCAAAAUUGGAGCCUUGGAACAGGGUAUGGACAUCCAUCAAAGCAUAACUGAAGGGGUGCUUUUGUCAGAUGUUGUAGUUGCAAAUGCCCUGGUAGACAUGUAUGCAAAAUGUGGAAGCAUAGACAAGGCACGAGAACUGUUUGACAAAAUGCCUCAAAGGAAUGUGGUUUCAUGGAAUGCCAUGAUUGCAGGAUAUGCACAAAAUGGAUUUUGCAAGGAUGCUCUCAAAAUCUUUGAAUUAAUGAAGCACUCUCAGACGUAUCCUGACAUCGUAAGCUUUUCUUGUGUUCUAUUUGCAUGCAGCCAUGCUGGUUUAGUGGAUGAGGGCUGCACAUACUUCAAUCACAUAAGUAACCUUUAUUGCAUUACACCUACAGUUGAUCAUUAUGUGUGCAUGGUUGACCUUCUUGCCCGCGCUGGAUAUCUUGAGAACACCCUGAACUUUAUCAUUAAGAUGCCAGUUAAACCUGUGGUGGUUGUGUGGAUGUGUUUUCUUGGUGCCUGUAGAUCGCAUAGGAAUAUAGGCUUAGGAGUAUUUACAGGGAUGCUGCUUUUUGAUUUGGAUCCUAAAAAUGCUGCGACUUAUGUUCUUCUCUCAAACAUAUAUGCAGAAGCUGGUUGGAGGAAUGAAGUUGAAAUGCUAAGGAGAUUAAUGAAAGAUAGAGGAAUUAAAAAGAUCCCUGGGUGUAGUUGGAUUGGAGGUGAUAAAAAAGUACAUGUUUUUUGUGUCGGAGAUAGAUCACAUCCACAGACACAGGAGAUCUAUGCAAAGUUGGAGGAAUUGGCUUGGGAAAUGAAGGCAGCAGGGUAUUUUCCGGAUUCAAGACAUUCACUUAAUGAUGUGGAAGAGGAGGAAAAAGAAUUAUUUCUCUCCCACCAUAGUGAAAAGUUGGCAAUUGCAUUUGGUUUGUUAAAAACACCUCAUGGAACACCUAUUAGAGUUGUUAAGAACCUUCGAGUAUGUGCUGAUUGCCACACCGCAACGAAAUUUAUCUCCAAGAUUGUCAGAAGAGAAAUUGUUGUGCGAGAUGCAAACCGUUUCCAUCAUUUUAAACAGGGACAAUGUUCUUGCGAAGAUUAUUGGUGAUGCUAAAUGAAAGAAUAUCUGAAAAAUAGACUUGCACUAUGAUGAUGGGCACCAUGUCAGACCUGCAGUAAUAAUGAAGGGAUAAGGAAACCUGCUUAUGUAUGAAAUCAAAAGCUGGAAGAAGAGGUGGAGAAUGGGAAAAAGUGAAAGGCAAGGAACACUUCUAGUAAUUGGAAAGAUGCUUGAUCAACAGGGAAUGAAAGAGAGCCUCCUUUUGAGAGUGGCUCAACUACAUUGGUUGAGUACUCAUAGAGAUGGUCUUGUAGGUCUAGUUGGAGUGAGAUGCGCGCAAUGACUACCGACCUCAUCUAACAGGGGGAUGCUAUGCUAAGAUUUUUGAGACAAGUUGAGGGCUUCUUAUGAGUAGCAGGGAGAGAGAUUGAGCUACCACCGAGGUCAUAUCACUUACAGCAGAGCGAGAUUAAGCAGUCAUGAGAGUAGAUUGAGCUACCACAGAUGUCACAUUACUUACUAAAAAUAGGAUCAAGCAACAAUGGGAGAAAAUAGGCUACAUGAGAACAAGCAACACCGCCUAUAGACGUAAUGCACCCUCGAUUACAAGCAUUGAUGGCAUAGAUUGAGAGGUUGCAAGUUAGCAAAUUCAUUAAUAGAGAUACUAUAUUGUGUUGUAGCGGUGGGCACUUUUUAACUAGCAAAAUUAUGUACAUACAUUUUGAGAUAUAUUUAUAUAUACAAAAUUUGACUCGAGCA